AUGGAGGGCUUGCUGAGAAGAUGGAGGCUCCCAGCGCUGAGCGCCCGGCAGCGCGGCUCUAGGCUCCGGCACGGUGCACCGGGCAGGGCGAAGCGGCUGCUGCUCUCGCAGCUUUUCCAGCCCCUCAACCUACAGGGCGAGGCGGCUGGGGAGGGCAGGGCCGGGGAGCCCACCUGCCGGAGCCAGAAACUGAUGCUGCAAGCGGGGCUCAUCCACCCCUCCAGCCCUGGCUGCUACUCCUACAUGCCGCCCACCGUGCGUGCCAUGGAGAAGCUCAUCAAGGUGAUGGACGAGGAGAUGCAGGCCGUGGGUGGGCAGAAGCUGAACAUGCCCAGCCUGAGCUCAGCGGAGCUGUGGCGCGCCAGCGGGCGCUGGGAUCGGAUGGGGCCGGAGCUUUUCCGGCUGGUGGACCGGCACGGCAAGGGCUACUGCCUGGGGCCCACGCACGAGGAGGCCGUGACAGAGCUGGUGGCCGCUCAGAGAAACCUGUCCUACAAGCAGCUGCCGCUGCGCCUCUACCAGGUAAGCAGGAAGUUUCGCGACGAGCCCAAGCCACGCUUCGGGCUGCUGCGCAGCCGGGAGUUCUACAUGAAGGACAUGUACACCUUCGACGCCUCCAACGAGGCCGCCCGGCACACCUACCACCUGCUGUGCGAGGCCUACCGCAGCCUCUUCGACCGCCUGGGCCUGCCCGUUGUCAAAGUGCACGCGGCCACGGGCACCAUUGGUGGCACCAUGUCCCACGAAUUCCAGCUCCCGGCAGACGUGGGUGAGGACAGGCUGCUCCUGUGCCCAGACGGACACUUUGCAGCCAACGUGGAGACAUUAAGUGAGGAGCAAACGGCGUGCCCCACCUGUGGGGGAAAGCUCUCCCAGACGAGAGGGAUUGAAGUGGGGCACACAUUUUAUUUGGGCACCAAGUACUCCUCUGUCUCCAACGCUGUCUUCUACUCCUCUGACAACAAACCCCAGCUGGCAGAAAUGGGUUGCUACGGUCUGGGUGUCACCCGCAUCCUGGCAGCCUCCAUCGAGGUGCUCUCUACAGAGGACAGCAUCCGCUGGCCGAGCCUCAUUGCACCUUACCAGCUCUGCUUCAUUGCCCCCAAGAGAGGCAGCAAGGAGGAGAAGGAGGGAGCUGUGGUGCUGGAGCAAAUGUAUGAUGACCUUGCUGAAGCACUGCCCCACCUCGCUGGUGAUUCGGUGCUGGAUGACAGGACACAGCUGACCAUAGGCAAAAGGCUGAAGGAUGCCAACAGGCUGGGCUAUCCCUACGUGAUCAUAGCUGGGAAGAGGGUUUGUGAGGAUCCCCCUGUCUUUGAGGUCUGGAAUCAGAACACUGGUGAGGUUUUGUUUCUAACCAAGGAAGGUACCAUUAAGUUGUUGAGUAAAGUGCAAGUCCCUUAA